GGUAGAAAUAGGGCUUACGUAGAUACUGUAAGCUGGAGAAAAAAAGCAAAAGGAAAACUUAUUACGGAAAGAUCUCUUGAAGAAAUACAAGUUAAUCCCGGCCGAGGCACAUGCUCUAAGAACCUCGCCUAGAAUCAAAUGGAUUGUCUCGCAGAUUCCUAUAUCGGCUGAUUACCUUAUUGCCAGGGUACGCAGAACCAACAGGCACAGAACCAACAGGCACACAAGUACGACGGCAUGAGUCACGCUAUCACUUUAUCCUCGCGUCUUAUUUUCUCUUCUUGCAACAAGUCAAUUCCUUAAGAGAUAGACGCAAUGGAGAUCCAACUUGCACAUUCCAGCGUGACUAGGCAGAUCAUUAUUUUCCCUAUACUCAUCAUUGUCUUCAUCGCCAUAAGCCGCUCAGCGCCCAAUUACAGCCCCUUUCUCAUACAUCUACAUGAUGCCCUGACCGAGUUUAGCGCUGGAGGUCAACUCACGCUGGAGCUCUUCGCUCCUUUAUCCGCAACCCUGGGGCCGUCUCAACCAACAGUGGAAAUUCUUACUAGCACGUGUCGGUUUCCAUGGGCCUUAGUCGCCGCUGCAUUCUUUCAGGUAUCAAAAAUGGACGACUUUUUAACAGCAGGAAGCCUCUACAAGGAAUCAGUGCUAUAUUGUUUGUUCUUUGGUACUGUCAUGUUCUGGUCUGACCUCAUUGGACCUAACCAUAUUCUUGCACUGGUAUCCAACUCCUUUCCUUUGGCGUUACAUCAAAAGAGAUCAUCACUGAUGGCCCACUAGCUCAGUAACUUGUCAGAUGGGUGUUUGAUCCUGGCUCUUAUAGCAUCAAUUACCUCGCCAAAUCAUCCCCGAUGGUUACGAACACUG